AUGACGACGAGGCAACGAUCAAGGUCUACCGUACCUCCAACUUCCAAGGGCAAGCUCGCCUGUGUUCAGAUUGCUUGCGCCAAGGCAAACAUCUCACUCGACAAGGGCGGCAAGGCCAGCGACACUUUUGAGUUCAACCUACCAAGGCAGAACAUCAGCCGGUAUAUGAUGACCAAAAUCUUGGCUGUGGUAUAUUCCAGCUGUUGGAGCAUUGAUGUGCCAGGCUGCGAGAGAGGUGCAGAACAGUGCAUACGACAUGAUUUUUUGGCUAAGGAAGAGCUCAUGGUCAUGACGCCCUCACCACAAUCUCCGCUUUGUCAACUGAAUAUGCGCAACACCACAACGGUGCCGGGUCGAAAAGCUCGACUACAAUUGAAGUCGCAAUCGCUUCCACGGAAGAGACACAGAGUUUUGCAUCACCCGGAUGCGCAACAUGGACGUCCUUCUACAUGGCCGCGGCUGCAAACGGCGUCCGCUACUUCCCACAUCACCGAUACUUGA